AUGGAGCAAGUUAAACCAGGACCAACUGUGUUCUCAUUCUUCCCGAAUCAUUUCGUUCCUAAUAUGACAAGCAUGGCUGCUAACCGCUUCCGGGUUCCUGUGCAACCCCACUUUCAGUUCGGACCAGCCGCAGUAUUUCCAGUUGUGCACCAGAGCCGGAUCCCUCAUCCCAUGAUCUUAAAUCACCAACCGCCGGCCAUUAGCGUCCCUCGCAAGUACGUGCCUCCAGUUGCUCCAGUGACCACUGCUGCUCCCAUCCCACCACCGCUGACCUUCAGCCAGGAGGAGGUGGACAUGGUUCUCUAUGGCUACACCAAAGGCAGGGCCUCGGACAGGUUCCAUGGACAUGCGCUGUCUGGGCUCAAGUUUGGACACGUUAGUCACA